UGCUCCACAUCAUCGCUCGCUCAUCACAAUGGGUCGCUUUUGCAAUCAUAAACUUUUGCUCAAUUGUUGUAAUUUAUUAUUUUUAAUAUGUGGUACAAUACUGGUUGUUUCUGGAUUUUAUUUAUUUACCGACACAAAGCGGAUACUCCUUUCACGCCUGCUAGCAGCAACCAGUGAACGUUUGAAUGAUUUACCAGAACCACUAUUCUAUUAUAUAUCAAUCGGUUUGGCUAUGGCUGGACUGAUUGCUGUAUUGGCAGCAAUGAUGGGCUUCUGGGCAUCCUGUCUAAAUACCUAUUGCUGUCUAAGUUUCUAUUUCCUAACCGUUGUUGUAUUGCUAUUAGCCGAAUCUGUUGUUUGCUUAGCCAUAACCCUUUGGCCUCAUUGCUUGGGCAUCAAUUUAGAUGAAGCGAAAAUGAGCAAAGCUUUGCAAGCCAACUACGGUGUUCCUGGUCGCGAACAAUUCACUAUUGCCAUGGAUUUGGCUCAGGCGAAAUUCGGUUGUUGUGGCAUGAAUAGUGAUAGCGAUUAUGAUGUAUCCCUGUGGAAGCUGCAAUCAUACGGUCAACGCGAUUGGGUUGUACCUCUCACAUGUUGCAUUCUAGAUAACCCAUCCGAUAAGAAAAGUCAUUUAGAUCCCAAACCUGCAAAUGAAACCUUAUGUCAAUCCAUUGAAAAGCGGGAAUAUACACAAUAUCGUUUCACAUCGCCCUGUCUCAGCUAUUUGGAUAAUUGGUAUCGUCAACAGUAUGUCAUCUUCUUGGCGGCAAGUCUUAUCAUAGCUGUAGUGGAAUUUUGUGUGCUACUGAGCAUCACCCUGGCCUGUACCAGAGUCUCAACGAAGAAGGUGAAAGUUGAAAGUUUUAUGGAACUACGUCCGAGAAUAAAACGUCGCCAAUCUCUGGUGGAGAAUGUCUACGAACCGGAAGUGGAAUUGCGAAUUGCCGAGGAGCCACGAGGUGCUAUUAUUCACGGUGUACCCAGUGAUAUAUCGGAAGAUUUCAAAGAGGUCUAUAUACAACCACGUGAUCUGUAUAAGAAUCGUUAUAAUACAACAUUUAAACCGAUUUCCAGUGAUUAUAGUGUUCCAACAACACGAAGUUAUUUAGUUUAAUUGU